AUGACUGCAACCAUUCUUGUCGUUGGUGCUACUGGCAACACCGGUAGAGGAGUGGUUGAAACUCUUUCCAAGUUGCUGGAAACAAGCAACACUUUGUCCGGCAGCCGGAUCAUCGCCCUAACACGAUCCCUGGAAAACCCGGUAGCACAACGGCUUGCAGGCCUCCCGGGCGUCGAGUUCUUGGAGAAGAACUGGGUGGAGAUCACGGCCGACUGGCUACGGAAGCAAGGAGUCACCCGAGCCUUCAUUGCAUCCCACACCGAACCUAACCAGUUCCCCGAAGAAUCGGGCUUCCACCUCGCAGCGCUCCAGGCGGGCAUCCAGUACGUCGUCCGCAUCUCUACAGCGGCUGCAAACGUCCGGCCGGAUUGCGUCGCCUACUACCCGCGCUCGCACUGGGCGGUCGAGGCUCUACUCAGCUCGCCCGAGUUCGCCGCCCUGCAGUGGACCUCGCUUCAGCCCAACCUCUUCGCCAACUUUGCUGUCGGUCCUGCUGCGGCGCUGAUCAAGGAGUAUCGCAAGACUGGGAAGCAGGACACGCUACGGUUGAUGGUGCCAGAGCACGCCCCGUUGGCCAUCAUCGACCCAUGGGAGAUUGGUGUUCUGGCAGCUCACCUCCUCGCUGAAGCAGAUCCCUCGCCGCACAACAAAGCAAGGUAUGUUGUGAAUGGGCCUGAGGAUAUUACUGGGCCACAAAUCGUGAAGCUGGUGGAGGAGUAUAUUGGCACGCGGGUCGAGAAUGUCAGUUUCGGGGAUAUGUCGUGGGUGGAGGCCAUGAUCGCGGCAAUGCCAUCAUCAAAGGGAGUCCUCCUGUCUGUGAAGCAUUCUUUGGACUCCAUUGAGGACGAAAAAUGGGUGGCUUCCGCGACGAGCAAUGAAGUGUUGAAACUUUCUGCGCCGACCCCGGACGGUCCGCAGAACGCGUUGAAGGACUUGGUUGGAGGAGUAACUUGGAAAGGCGGUGAUGAUUGUUGUUGA